AUGGCUCAACAUUCACAGACCGGCACCGGUGUCACAAGGCAGACGAUCAAUGUUUUCAACGUCCUUAUACUUAUUUUUGUUGGCUUGGGUUCUCUGAGUUUUGGGUACUCUGCUUCUGUCAUUGGUAUCACUCUAGGCCAGCCAUCAUUCCUCGAAUACUUCGCCCUUGACAUGCGACCAGAUGCAGCAGACCUGGAGGCCACUAUGAACGGUCUCUACCAGGCGGGUGGCGUAAUCGGCACGCUUUCUCUCCCAAUCGUUGCUGACAAGUAUGGAAGGAAAGCUGCUAUCACAAUCUCUGCAAUUUUAAUCAUUAUCUCUGGAGCCUUCAUGGCAGGAAGCACCAACAUUGGGGAAUUCAUCUUCUUCCGAUUCAUCUCCGGCGCUGGUAGUUUCAUGAUCCUGGCGGCAGUCCCGAUCUGGAUGAACGAAGUCGUGCCGUCUAAAAUUCGCGGCGCCUUAGUUGACAUUCAUGCUGUGCUCGUGGUUACUGGAUAUACUACCGCGACUUGGGUUGGCGUUGGCUGCUAUUACUGGAAUGACCCACAUGGCAGGCAGUGGCGGGUUCCCUUCGCCAUUCAGGUGUUCUUCCCUCUAUGCUUGCUAGCUGGUCUCUACUGGAUCCCAGAGUCCCCACGUUAUUUCGUCAUGAAGGGGCGCGUGGAGGAGGCCAAAUUAAUCCUCGAUAAGCUUCAUUCCGACAAGAGUGACCCAGACAGCAUCUAUGCUCGAUCAGAGUUUUACCAGAUCCAGAAGCAAAUCCUGAUCGACCGAGCCCUUGACAGCUCGUGGAUUCAUAUCAUCAAAAAGGCUUCUUACCGCAAACGGGCUUUGCUUGCAAUUGGAACUUGUGGCAUCAUCCAAUGCUCGGGUGUUCUCGUCAUCAACAAUUAUGGACCAACUUUCUAUCAGACACUACAAUAUAGCGAGUCGAAGCAGCUCAUUUACCCCGGCGCCUGGAUUACCUUGGGACUUGGGAUGAAUUUUCUUGCCAUGUUCGCAGUGGACCGUUUCCCCCGACAAAAGUAUAUGGCGUUUGGUAUGGCAGGCUGCAUGAUCUGUCUGGCGGCCGAAGCCGCUAUUGUCGCAGUAUAUGUCCCCUCAACUAAUACUGCUGCGUUGAAGGCUGGCGUUGCGAUGCUGUUUGUCUUCCAAGUUUUCUUUAGCUUCUUCUUAGAUGGUACCCAAUUCUCAUACCUCGGUGAACUAUUUCCUACACAUUUGCGCGCAAAGGGCAUCUGCCUCGGUUGUGCGACAAACGCUUUGAUGAACAUCAUCCUCUUGCAAUCUGCCCCUGUUGCGUUCAUCACCAUCGGCUGGAAAUUCUACUUGGUACUCAUCGUUCCCGGAACAAUCGGCACUAUCGUCAUGUGGUUCCUCUUCCCCAACACGAAGGGUCUUCCAUUGGAAGAGAUUGCAGCAAUCUUCGGUGACACAGACGAGGUCGCAAUAUACCAAAUUGAGGUCGACCACAACACCCUUGCGAUCGGUGAUCACCACAAUAAAGGCGUCGGUGCCGAUAACAAGGACAAGGCACACCAGACUAUCUCCAAGGAUAUCGGCAUUAUUGAACUGGGUCGUGUCGACCAAGACAAGUAUGUGUAA